UGAUAUUGGAUCAUAUCGUAUGUAUUUAUAUUGUUUGAUGAUGAUAUUGGAUCAUAUCUAUGUAUUUAUAUUGAUUGAUAAUGAUGUUGGAUAUUAUUGGAAAGUCUUCUUUUUAACCGUCUGAAAUCAGACUUUAACACUCCUCAGUCGAUUCUAAGUACUGCACUCAAAUAAUCUACAUGCAAGCUAGUCUCACUGAUAGAAUAUAGUUGUGCUACAUAGUUUAUUUUAUAUUAAACUCUAGAUUGAUUUUAAAAAAUCUUCUUUAUUUGAACAAAUAUCAAUAGCAGGGGGAUUCUUUGUAGUAUCAACACGAUGUUUCGCAUCUGAGGUAGCAAUCUUCACUAUCCAGUUUUACCUAAAGUGAAAUAAAUACAGUGAAAAUUGUCAUAUAAUAACGUUUCCAUGAUCCCUUGAAGCGGGCAUAUGAUUUUAAUAUUUUUGGGAAAACCAUGUUUGCAUUAGUUAAUCUGAUAAUUCAUAAGAUUUUGUUAUUUCUUCCGCCAACUCCUUUUUAAAAUUACGUUCACAGUCGCGGCCAGUACGAGAUUUAAUAUUGGCUUUGGGGAUCCUCAUAUGCCGCCAACCAUGUAAUUUAACUUUUAAUUUCAUUUUCUCUUGGUAUUAGAUUUAUUGUAAUUUUGUAUGCUCAAUUUCAUAUUAUUGUCAGUGUGAAAUUGAUAAUUGCGCCAGCCCCAACGUUCGAAAAUAUUGAGAACAGUCGGCCAUUCCCGUAUUUCCCAUCGCAUAUGAUUCCGGCAAACGCAGUUUGUUUUGCAGUGGAGUGUGGACUGAAUACUGCUAGCCUUCAUAACGUGCUAGGUAGGAGAAUCAAUCCUUCGCAAUCCUUGUUGCUCACAAGAUAUAGUCGGCCGCAAAGUGAAGGGAGAGCAUUUUAACGAGAUUCAUCCUUCCAGACAUCAAGGCAAAUAUAGACACUCGAAGCUUCCGACGUGUAUUUAAUAUAACGUUACAAGAUUUCUUGACUUAGAAGAUAAUUUGAAAAGGAGAACUGAUCUUUCCACCGACAUGAAUGGCAGCGGUGUUUAUAAUAAUUCUCAGACCGCCCUAGGAAAUGUCAGGUUCGGAUUCGGAAUACUAUCCUUGAUUCUUGCCGGACCCACCAUUAUGGGCAACGCCCUUAUCAUCACCGCUAUCAUCAAGACCACCUCGCUAAGGACGCCGGGUUAUAUUCUACUAAGCGGAUUAGCUAUUUCCGAUUUCGGUGUCGGAAUUAACGCAUUUCUGGUCCAGGGGAUAGCUAGAUUGUCAAAUAACUCGUGGUGGUCCGUUGCUUAUUCCAGCGCCAUGGUGACCUUCUUUGUUGGCGGUUCCCUGGUUACCUUGCUAGCGGUCAGCGGUGACCGGGUAUUGGCGCUGACUUUCCACUUGAGAUACGUUACCAUGGUUACCAACAUUCGCGCCGUCCUGCUGCUUGUGUUCAUAUGGGCGACAGCAGCUGUCUACCCCGUCUUAUCUUCGAUAUCUGCAUCGAUAACUGUGGUUAUCAUUAUAACUGUGAACUUCGCUCUCAAUUGUAAGAUCUAUUUGGUCGUAAGGCGGCACCAGAAUUUGAUUUCCAUUCAAGGCCAAGCGGGCGACGCCAUUUCAGUCAUGCGCAGACGAAAAUCCUCGCUAAAUGUCAUCUACAUCUUUGCGGUAUUCCUAGGCUGUACCUUGCCUUGGGUUCUGUGUACUAUAGUCGAGGUGUAUUGGAUCAUUUCUAACUGCUCACUCCAGCUACUCUACCUUAACUCUCUCUUUAGUCCAAUUCUGUACUGUUAUAGAAUAAGAGAUAUCCGCAAAGCAGUUCUCAAGCUCAUCAAGUGCAAGGAUUAAAGUUUUGAGCCACCGUACAGCCUGCGUUUAUUUGAUAAACUAUUAAAGUAGAAACUGCUUUGAUGAUCUCUGCAAUCUUGUUUGAGGUUAUUUGGAAAAAUGUUUAUUACGGACCUUGGGAGUCCUGUGGCGCGCUACGGGACGAGGUGACCUGGGUAGUCUUCUUGGGGCCCAGUGCAUCUCGGUAUUCGAGUUCAAAAAGAAAUAAUAUCCGGCUUAAGUCAAAUUACAUAUGUAAUUCAAUGUAUAAUUGAAUAUAAUUCGAUUAUUUCUAUGUAAUGAUUUGUGUCUCAACCGAUUGACUGAAAAAAAGGAGAAACAUGAGCCCACAUGGAACACCAAUCUCAAAUCCAGACCUAAACGUAGAAAGAUUCCCAAUAUCAUAUCAAAUCCAGACAUAAUUUAAAUUCCCGAGAUCACAGCCGCGUCACAGAGAAUAGAGCCCGUUGUGCUUGCUAGUCGUGCUUUUGACUUCCAAUGCUCUAUAUUUGUCCUUUGGUUAUGUAGCUUACGUAGCGUAGAUUUAAUUCAAGGUUUAUCCCCGAUUUUUUAAUGCCCCAUUCCGCAUUUUUAUUAAUUCCUUGCAUUUUUAUUUUUCUUCUAGAACUAAAAAGUUGUCACUGAACAGGUGGACCAUAUUAUAAUUUAAUAUUUUGUCUAAUCGAUAUCUGGCUGCCUUCUUUAUCCUUUUUCCUAAGCGUCUCAGAUUAAUCUAAGUAGAUUUGAAACUAAGGUGAGCAUAGUUUUUUUAAUAAAUUUUUGCUUAUUUGUUGUAAUUUCAGGUCAAAACUUUUAAAAUGAUUGCUAUUUUCCAUAUAAAUUAUUGCCUACUGUUUUUGUUUAAUGAUUUAUGAGUUUUCUAUUAAUGUUUACUCGGCGUUGCCUGCGAGACUUUUUAAUCGAGUUUUUUGCCCCCCAUUUCAUUUGCACUCAUUUCAAUUGAACUUUAUAGUCGUCGACACUAUAACUUCGGUGAAAACUCUUUUAAGAUAAAUAGGGAUAAAAAUCUCUGCACAGCUCGACCGAGAGCGUUAGGGUAAUGAUUGGUUGCUUUUAUUAUGCUGAAAUGAAUAAGACUGCUAUAAAAAAAUCUAAGGCCUUAUGAAUCUCACAAACCAUUCAGAGAUCUGGAGCAAUGUCAGACUCGGAUUUGGAAUACUAUCUGUUACUUUAGCGGGGCCCACCAUUGUGGGCAAUGCACUUAUCAUCACUGCUAUCCUCAAGACCACUUCGCUACGGACUCCGGGUUUUAUUCUUUUAACUGGAUUAGCCGUGUCUGAUCUUGGAAUUGGAAUUUUAGGACUCCUAAUCCAAGGGAUUCUGGACUGUAUGGAUCACAAUUCGAGGCUAGUGGAGAAUGUGAUGUACACAAUUCAAGUUUACUUCGCUGGUGUUUCUCAGCUUACGUUGCUAGCGGUCAGCGGUGAUCGUGUGUUUGCGCUGACUUUUCACCUGAGAUACGUUUCCAUGGUUACCAGCACUCGCGCGACCGUUGUUCUUUUCUCUGUGUGGGUCGUAGCAGCCCUGCACUGUUGGAUGCCGAGAUCAAUAGCUGUUUCGAUAACUUUAGCUGGAAUCAUAGCGUUGAGCUUUGUUUUCAAUUGCAAGAUCUUAUCAGUGGUUAGGCGACAUCAAAAUCACAUUUCAAGUCAAGAGCAUGCCAGCGGUAAUGCCAAUGGAAUUAUGCGCAGAAGAAAAUCUUCAAUAGACGUCAUCUAUAUUUUCUCGUUAUUUCUUCUUUGUACCAUUCCAUGGACUGUAUUUUCAGUGGUUAAUUCAGCAUCAGACUGUUCGCCCUGUGUACAUUCAGCUGACUCUGAUAUUGUUUUUUUUUUCUUUUAUUACUUUACAUCGUUUCUUGUGUUUCUAAACUCUCUAUUGAAUCCGAUUCUUUACUGCUAUAGGAUUACAAACAUCAAGAUGGCAGUUCUGAAGUUACUUAAAUUCAAUGUUUAAAGAGCUCUUGUCAGCCACAACUUUGUUAUUGUUUUCAUUUAAUAUUGGGAGAACAAUGUAAAAAAAAGUAUCGCCCUAACUUCCCCGAUAAUGUAAAUAGUUAAAGCCUCAGCCCGGCCAGCUAUAAGCGGGGGCAAGUUAGACUGUAAAUAUUAUUGCGACAAUUUUUUUUUUUUUUUUUUUGCUAGGAUAAAACCUUGGCGGCUGACUCACAUUUAAUGUUCACCAUAAAUAUAAUAAUAAAAUAUUAAAUGGUCAAUAAAUAUAAUAAUAAAAUAUUAAAUGGUCAAUAAAAAGUGUGGGCCUGUGAGGUGGUGGAAAAACAGAACAAAAUAGACUGACAAAGGUUGGAGAUAUAAAUAAUCAAAAAACACGCUGGAUCCCCCUCGGAGUAUACACCUAUUUCAAAUUAGAUGGCACUCGAGAAUAGGAACGAGUCGAUUAUGCUAGCAUUAAUUCUGGCAUAAUCGCUAAAAAAAAGCAUAUUUUUUUGCCUUUCGCAAAAUGCUCAGAAUAAUCAUGAUAAUUUGCAUUUACCAUGUUUAAACCAACCUCGUAAUCCCUUAUAAUUUACAAUUUUGAGUGUAAAAGUGGCCUCGCUUAUGCAUUUCAUAUCUGUUUUUGUUGUUAUUCUUAGGGGAAGGGAUGGGAACUUAGAGCCGGAACAGGGGGUCUAGGAAAACUUGUCCCCAGCCCCACUCUUGCUAUCGCGAAACUGCGCUGUGUGUUCUUGCUAAUCGCAAGGAAAGAAAAGUUGAGCCGUAAGAUGCAUUCUGAUCAACCUAAUUGGUCCUUGGCCGUCAUCAAGAAUGUGAAGCCGUGAUGAGCAAGAUAAUGCAUUCUGAUUACUUACAAGAAAAGUGUGAUGCUUCGGUAUAUUGGAACUCUGUUUAUGCGUUACAGUAUAAAGCUUUGUAUCUAAUAUAGUUUCGCAUUGAAGCUUUGUAUUUCACUGGGUUGCUGAAUAUCGCCUUUAUUAAGCCCAUAUUAAAGAAGAGGUUUAAAGAUCAAAUUUUUUAUCGUUUUUCCGAUUUUUUUGUCGAGCAUAAGAUGGAAAAAAUGAGCAUAUUUUUUAAAAGCGAGCAUAAUUUGAGCAUAAUUUUGAUUAAAAGCGAGCAAUGCUACUAGCAUAUUAUGGCGGUUUUACUUGCAUAUUCAACUCGUCCCUACUCGAGAAUCUGUGUCGUAACCCGCGGUGGUUCAUGGGUAGCCUAUAAACGGCUAAAUUCUUGUAUCUGAAAGCUAUGUAACUUUUACUAAGAACAUAGACAAGAAUUCUACAGCUUUUGAAACCUGGAUUUGUAUUUUUAUUUGCGGUUAUUUGCUUAUUUACCUGAUAGUCAUGAAGCACUGCGGGUUACGAAACACAGAUUCUCCAAGUGCAACCUUAUUUGAAAUAGGUACAUCAUACAAAAUCAAAAUAACUACUCCACUGAAGUCUGAUAUUUGACCUAUCUGAUUAUAAUCAGCGAAGCUGUUUUUAAUAAGUAUAAAAUCAAUUAUUGAUUCUUUUUAUUUAUUGUAGUAUGAGCUUAGACGUGGAUAUUCUUAUAACAACUAGACGAUCCUGAUUGCCGUGAAGUCGGGCCAGCUCCAUGAAAGUUGAUUAAAAAUACAUAACAAACAUUUUAUUAACUAUAAGAUUGAAGGGAAAUUGGUGUUUAAUAAGUCGUUUAUUUGUCAUCAUCACAAUUUACAAUGGACAAGUACAACUUUGUGAAGUAAAUAAACCAAAACAAUAUGAAUCAGCCAGUCUUUCAUGCUUUCCAUUGUUAUGAACAAUAAGGACUUCUGCAUCAUAAAUGUUCUUUAAUGAUACACAAUGAUAACUUUGUACUGUCAUUUGUGAUGUUUUUGCUAAUCAACGAUCUGGUGUAAACUAGUACGAACUCGUGAUAGCAUGUUUUUAAUAUUAGAUUUGUUCGAUAUGUUAGACAGUCCUUGAAACGGCCCGGGUCGAAAUGUACGCUCAUAAACAUCUUAUCGCGGACGGCGUGUGUAUUUGUAUGUGGUUUGACCGUUUUGGUAGGUAAUUUCCCCAGCAAGUUUGUAAGAUAUUCAAGAUGCAAUUCACUUCAAAAUGCAGUCUUUCUUUCGACUUCGAUGGUCGCCAAUUGGUCAAAGUGACAGCUAGAUAAGGCAUAAUGGAACGCCCUCGCCUUAGUGACGUAAUGUAAACUUUUGGCCUCCUGUGCUAUCCGGACCACAUGAUAUCUAUGACCUCACGUGGUUGCGUUCGUAAAGCAUCAUGGGGCCUAUUUACGACGUUGCCAGAUAGAUUUUAGAAAAGGUAGAAAUAAAUGCCGCCUAUGGCUAGCCCGACUAAUUACGAUUGUUCAAGCGACCUAUAAAUCUUGAACUCUUGGAUGUAACUGUUGAUGGUUUAGAAAUCCCUUGGUUUAUCUUAGUAAAUGCUGUCUGAUUAAUUUUCUAGCAAGGGGCUUCUACCAAACAAA